AAAGCCCUUAAAACAAAAAUAAUAUCGGGACCGCAUAAAAAAACCCCGAAAAAUACAAGUAUUUUAGCCUUUAAAAAGCCGGUUACUUGCUUUAAAUGCGGGCAGCUAAGCUAUAUUGUUGCAGCAUACAAAAUACGAACGGAUAACCCGGAAACCCCGUUGGCCUUAACGACCAUACAAAAAGCGAAAGGAAAAAGGCUUAAAGUACGGUAUUACGGGUAUGGAAAAUUGGGCCAUAUCCGGCCGGCGUGCUCCAAAAAAAGCAAAAUAUCGUUACCCAAUUCGAUACCGUUAUUUAGCCGUUUAAGCAUUAAAGUUUAA